CCCUCCCUCUCUCCCUCCCUGCGUUGCUGCUGUCGCUGCUGCUGCUGUCGCUGCUGCUGUUGUGAGCGGGGAUCGAACAUGGCGACCGUGCCCGUCUACUGCGUCUGCCGCCUGCCCUACGAUGUGACCCGAUUCAUGAUCGAGUGCGACGCCUGCAAGGACUGGUUCCACGGCAGCUGUGUGGGAGUUGACGAAGAUGAAGCCCCCGACAUUGACAUUUAUCAUUGUCCGAACUGUGAGAAAACCCAUGGGAAAUCCACCUUGAAAAAGAAGAAAAAUUGGCCCAAACAGGACACGGGACAGGCCACGGAGGUGAAACCGGUGCAGAACGGGAGCCAAGUGUUUAUCAAGGAGCUGCGCAAUCGGACCUUUCCCAGCGCCGAGGAUGUUGUUAAGAAGCUGAAUGGGAACCAGUUGACAGUGGAAUACUUUGAGGAGACGGGUUUCACAGAACCAAUCCUGGUGCCAAAGAAGGACGCGUUGGGCCUGACGGUACCGGCGGCGACGUUUUAUGUCAGUGACGUGGAAAAUUAUGUCGGCCCCGAGCGAGCGGUUGAUGUCACAGAUGUCACCAAACAGAAAGACUGCAAGAUGAAACUCAAAGAGUUUGUUGAUUACUAUUACAGCACAAACAGGAAAAGAGUCUUAAACGUCACCAACUUAGAGUUCUCCGACACCAGAAUGUCCAGCUUUGUGGAGGCGCCGGAGAUCGUCAAGAAGCUUUCAUGGGUGGAGAACCAUUGGCCGGACGAUGCCCUGCUGGCCAAGCCAAAAGUGACAAAAUACUGUCUGAUAUGUGUCAAAGACAGCUACACGGACUUCCACAUAGACUCGGGGGGUGCCUCCGCCUGGUACCAUGUGCUGAAAGGGGAGAAGAUAUUUUAUCUCAUCCGACCCGAGUCGGCCAAUAUCUCACUGUACGAGCGCUGGCGGUCGGCUUCCAACCACUGUGAAAUGUUCUUCGCUGACCAGGUGGAUAAAUGCUACAAGUGUGCAGUGAAACAGGGGCAAACGCUUUUUAUUCCUUCAGGUUGGAUUUAUGCAACUCUCACCCCUGUAGACUGUUUGGCAUUUUCGGGGCAUUUCUUGCACAGCCUGAGUGUUGAGAUGCAGAUGAGGGCAUAUGAAGUGGAAAAACGUCUAAAAAUCAUCAGCUUGACCCAAUUCCCGAAUUUUGAGACAGCCUGUUGGUACGUUGGAAGGCACCUCCUAGAGAAGUUCAAAGCUUUGCACAAAGCCGGGAAGCAGCCGGCACCGCACCUUGUCCAAGGGGCCAAAAUUCUGAAUGGAGCCUUCAGAUCCUGGACGAAAAAAAACGCUCUGCUCGAACACGAAGACGAACUGCCGGAACAUUUUAAGCCAUCGCAACUGAUCAAGGAUCUCGCCAAAGAAAUCCGACUGACGGAGAACGCUUCCAAGGUCAUCAAAACGGAAGUGAGUGCCAACGUUAUUGCAGAAAGGAACAAUAUAGUGGAGAAGAUAGAAAAGGAUGAACCUGCGUCUCCAGUUCCAGAAUCCCCUCCUCCUGUGGAAAAAAUGGAAAAAGCUCCCAAAAAAAAGACUGCGAAAAACGAGAAACCGCUCAAGCCGCCAAAGCCUCCGAAACCGCCGAAACCGCCCAAAGUGGCGAAACCCCCAAAGGUUGCCAAACCCAACAAGACGCCCAAGGCACCAAAGGCUCAGAAGGAAAAGGACGGGGGAAAGAAGAAAGGGAAGAAGGUGAAAGAAAGCCCCAUCUCGCUCCCCACCACCCCAGACCUAGAGCCUCAUGAGACCCUCAUGAAGGACACUCCAAUUGCAGCAGAAGCACCAAAGAAAGGGAUGGUACCUAAAGAAGAGCUCAGCGUCCCCACCAAGGAGGAAGCCCCCAAGCACAACCAUGUGGAGAAAUGCGAAAUGCGGGAGCAGAACAAGAUCAAGACUGAGGCCAAGUGGAAAUACAAGAACAGCAAGCCGGAUUCAUUACUGAAAAUGGAGGAGGAGCAUCGAUUGCAAAAGACAUUAUUUUCAGCAAAUAAAGACCAUAAAUUCAAGUUCUCUUUCACCAAUAAGAAAUUGUUUGGGUCCAAAGGUAUCAAGACCCAGAAUAGUCCCAGCAUUUUUGGAUCUCUGCAGAACUUUAAAGAAGACAAAACCAAACCGGUCAGAGACGAAUACGAAUAUGUAUCGGACGACGGAGAGUUGAAGAUCGACGAGUUCCCCAUCAGAAGGAAGAAAACGACCACAAAGAGAGAUCUGUCCUUUUUGUCAGAUAACAAGGAGACUCCUCCUCCGCCUCCAUCAAAGAAACCCAAGGUCCAAGAAUCAAAGUACAAGAGUGACGACACUUCCGAUGAAGACUCCCUUCACAUAGACACAGAGGAAAAACCAGCACGAAACUCCAGAGUCAAAAAGGACAGUGGGAGCUCAGCCGGGAUACUGGAUCUGCUGCAGGCGAGCAAGGAAGUCGGGGGUUUGGAUUAUAACUCAAACAGCCAACCGCCAGCAUCCCCGAGCACGCAGGAAGCAAUCCAGGGAAUGUUAUCGAUGGCCAAUCUGCCCUCGGAUUCCUGCCUACAGACCUCUUGGAGUGCAAACCAAGCCAAGAAUAAUUCCAUAUCAGCACAGAAUUCCAAAAAAUCAGGCAACAACAAACUUGCAAACAAACGAGCCAGCAAAAAAGCCAACAAGAACAGCAUUGCGCUGGAAGACUACGACGAGGAUCAGGAUAACUUGGAGGCGUGUUUUAAAGAUUCUGAUUACGUUUACCCAUCUCUAGAAUCAGAUGAAGAUAAUCCAGUGUUCAAAUCUCGAGCAAAGAAGCGAAAGUGUUCUGACGAUGCCCCUUAUAGCCCCACAGCGAGAGUCGCUCCUUCGAUACCCCGACAAGACAGACCUGUCCGGGAAGGUACGAGAGUGGCAUCUAUUGAAACAGGCCUGGCAGCCGCGGCGGCAAAGCUGUCUCAGCAGGAGGAUCAAAAGCCCAAGAAGAAAAAGACUUCCAAAAAGAAGCUCUCACCCAACAUGCCAAAUGCGCUUUGUCAGGAAGGCAGCUCCUCUCCCGAGGUCUCACUGAGUGGCCCCACUGACCAUGAGUACACGGCCGGUGCAAGCACGUUUGGUGUGGCCCAAGUAAACAGAGGCCCUCAGCCCAUGGCCCCCGGGGUCUUCCUCACACAAAGGAGACCGUCAGCGUCUUCUCCGAAUAACUCAGCUGCCAAAGGUAAACGUACAAAAAAAGGCAUGGCCACAGCAAAACAGAGGCUUGGGAAGAUUCUGAAAAUCCAUCGGAACGGCAAACUCCUCCUUUAGUGUUGCUAACAGCGGGACCUCUACCCCCCCCCCCCCAAAGCUCACGGAUUAACGAGCUGGGAGACUAAUUGCUGAGCUGUAGGACUGCGGCGGAACUCUGCAACCUGCUGGCAACAGUCACAUUUCUGCCACCACUUUAAUAAGUCUUUAUAAAAUUCCAGCAGCCGAACGUGUACAGAAAACUGCUCGAGAUAUUUUUAAUAUUAACGUCCUUUAUCAGAUCUCCGUGUCCGGGAAAGGGAUCGCGUCCGGCUUUGGGAGAGGAUCCUUUUACCCUCGGGCGACGUAUAAGCGAAAUGCACCAAUUUUUGUUUUUUUUUUUAAUUCAAAAUAUAUUCCGUACGGAGCAUCAACUUGUAAAACCCAUCGUAUCUGAUCAGGACGCAUGAUGUCUCUCAUACGCCGGGUGUCCGCGGCCGUAGGAAAAUAGAAUAUUCGUGUGCCGCGUAUCAUCAGUGACUCGUGAAGUAGCCGUGUUCCCAUCUGCUACUGCAUUAUCCCCAAGAUCAAUGUUGUGUGGUGACUUUCUUGGUUCCUUUCCACGGCCCAGAGCCCAGUUAGACCGUAUACACCUUCUCUCUAGAGCCCUCACAGCCAGAUCCUGUUGGGUGUCACUGGGUCCCUUACUGCAAUAUUGGGAGAGGGUUGUUGCCAAAAAAAGGGACAUUUUUGUUUCAUAGACGGCUCCCAAAGAGCCACACGUGGAAGGUCCAUGUUACAGGGGAAACGUCAGAAAGGUGAGACGUGGGUAUAUCCAUAGGUGGUAGCCUAGAAUCCCGGACAUUCAGGUACCAAAUUAGCUAAUAUAGAUGAGGUUACAAUGACUAUCACUCCAGCGGAGACGGCAAAAAACAGCACCAUUGGUCCCAAAGAGACUGC